AUGCAGCCUCGCAAUGCAAACCCUAAAAUCAUAGUUUCUGAUUCCGAAGUCAAAUCUACAAACAUGCUAUCUUCUCUUAAAAACGAAGUACGACCACACAGCCGAAAUCCCGCUUUCAAUGUUGCGCCACCAGGAAUGACAUAUUGUGGUCAUUACUCGCCCGGCCAAAGAUGUCGCCUACCUCUAUCAUCCACUCCACAGCAAGAGCCCACUAGUGCCGAAAGUGCGCUGCCCAUAUCUUCGAACCUUACACCCCCCUCACCCAUCGACAAAGUUCGAUCCACAAAAUCUACAUCUCACUAUCUCUCCCCUCCAACUCCCCCGCGUAACCAGGACAACAAGGUUCUCUCCCUCAUCCGCCGUAUCUUCGAAGUCAACAACCGCGAUACCAAUUUUCUGACUCUCUGGAAACCGCAUCUCGACGGUCUGACUUCGACUACCUGUAUGCGAAAUAGGGUUGCGUUGGAAAUGGUCGCAGGGUUGCAAAAUUUGCGGAACCGAGAAGUCAAGUCUGGCAUUUAUAAAUUUGUCUUGGGCAUGUUCUGGGGGCAUCUCUCCUCUUACGUGUUUGGAGUCUCUACUGGGGUUGGUUCGGCUGUUCUGAUGGUCUAUGCGUUUGUUUCUUGGAAAGUUUGGCAUGAGAUUUGGGAUGAGGAGAGUUUUCUCAACUUGUACGUCUAG